ACCCAACAGACUCUGAUUGUGGCCGUUGAUCUAGGUACCAGCGCGACGACCUCAAGCCACGCUCGCGUUCGUGAUUCCUUUGACAAUGAAGGACGGCCACGACGAGAAAUACUUGGAAGUGUUUGUGAUCCAAGCUGCAUUAUCGGUGCAACAGGGAACAAUUGCUUACCUACAGACUUAAUUUACAGCAGAGAAACCUGCGAACUGCUGUAAUGGGGCUUCGAAGCACAACAGUACCUUGACGAUCCUUUUCACGAAAUUCCACACAGCGACGUAUUCGUUGUUGAGGCAAUCAAGCUAUUACUUCCGAAUCCCAACGAGAUACAAGUUGCUUCCGCCGCUUCAGAGAGGUAUGGAGCCAUGCGAAUGAAUCUGAUUAUGACAUUGGAAAAGCACCUAAAUGAUGUCUUCGAGGAUUUCUUAAGUCGAGUACUCGCACACGUUCUAGACAAUGCCAAACGAAAGUACUCAAUCAGCUUGCAAAAUCACAAAAUCGAGCUUGUCCUUGCUUUCCCUGCCGGGUGGUCUGAUCGAGUACAUAGUACGGUCGCAAGAAUCGGAGCCAGGGCUUUGCAGAAGGGAAUUGCAGACUACGAUCUGAAGAACAUCUCGUUUGGAGUUGAGAAUGUCUAUACGGUGUCCGAGACCCUUUGUGGUGUCAAGGAAUGGUUACGUGAGACCGUCGCCGAAGCAUCUUCGAUCGACUUCGAAGCACAGUCAACAAAUCUCGAUGAACUCAACCUAUAGGAAGGAGAUUGUUUCUUUGCCUUAGAUAUUGGUGGCGGCACUGGGUGCCUGACACCGUUGAGACUGGUAAGCAAAACUCCACUGGGAGUUGAGCAGUUAGACAAGACGCAGUCACGAGAAGUGUGUGGGGAAGCUGUGCAGGCCGAAUUCGAACGAAUGCUCCGGCCACGAAUCACCAAGAAAGACUACCCUGGUGAUAUAGAGCGAGCUGUUAAGCAAAUUUGCCGAAAAUUCGGAGAGGAGAAAAAGAAA